AUGGUAGCCGUGAUUCCCCAGCCUUUUGAGGAUUGGAAGUUGCCUGCUCGUUAUGAGAAGCGUCAGGCGAUAGGUACGGGAAGUUACGGGACAGUGGCAGAGGCUUAUGAUACAGCAACGAAGAAGAUUGUAGCUAUAAAGAAGAUACCACGUGUGUUCGAGGACCUGGUUGAUUGUAAGCGAGUAUUACGUGAGGUUGCGAUAUUGAAUCGAUUGAAGCAUGAGAAUGUUGUUAAGGUUGUGGAUGUGAUAAUUCCGAAUGAUUUGAAUAAGUUUGAUGAGAUAUAUAUUGUAUUAGAGAUCGCUGAUUCUGACUUGAAAAAAUUAGUUCGAACACCUGUAUAUUUGAGUGAAUUACAUGUUAGAACUUUGUUGUAUAACCUAUUAGUAGGUUUAAAGUUUACUCAUUCGGCGGGUAUAUAUCAUCGUGAUUUGAAGCCUGCUAAUUGUUUAGUUAAUCAGGAUUGUUCUGUGAAAAUAUGUGACUUUGGAUUAGCUAGAACUGUAGAUACUCCUUUAAGUUAUGAUAGAGGUGGGAAGAGGCCGGCUGCUAAUUUGAAAGAGCAGUUAACAAUGCAUGUUGUAACAAGAUGGUAUCGUGCUCCUGAGCUGAUAUUACUUCAGGAACAUUAUACAGAGGCUAUUGAUAUCUGGUCUGUUGGAUGUAUAUUCGCUGAGUUAUUAACUAUGGUUAAAGAGACAUGUUUAAAGCCAAAUGAGAGAUUACCUCUCUUCCCUGGGACCAGCUGUUUCCCUCUUUCUCCUGAUGAGAAACAUGGGUAUAAUCAUCAAUUCCAUACACGAGGAAAUAAGGAUCAAUUAGAUAUGAUUUUCAAUGUCCUUGGUACACCUAGUAAUGAUGAUGUAGAAGCACUCGUCAAGGAAGAUGCUAGACGAUAUGUACGUAUCUUCCCUCAUAAGGACCCAAUCGAUUUAAACACCAAGUUCCCUGGAGCAUCUACUAAGGCUAUUGACCUUCUCAAGAAAAUGCUACAAUUCAAUCCAGACAAAAGAAUCAAUGUUGACGAAGCUCUUAACCACCCACUAUUCAGAGACAUACGAAAUAACGAACUUGAAACCACCGCUGAUAAAAAAGUUAGACUACCAUUCAACGACUGGAUGCCCCUAACUGCCGAUCAACUCAGAUAUGCAUUCCUCAAAGAAGCACAAGUCUUCCACCCAGACCUCAAAAUCCCUGACCAUCUAGCCAAAACCGGCUAUGGAAAUGCUGCCAAUAACACUAUAGAAUAG